UUUUGUUUGCAAUUUAUUUGCUGUUUCCAAUGCUCUGACAGCUCGGGUAGCUAGAAAGGGGGCAGCACAGCAAACCUAAUGGGAGCUCACUGCGCAGAACUGUGUUCAGGGUCCUGCUGUCUGCUGCUUCCAGGCGUUUCACGCAUCGGAGGAGCGGAGCUCUCUGUACUUCCUAUGCUCAUACAGUCCUGGCAGCUAAGCCCAUCUUCAACAGCCUCUGUCGACAGGCAGUAAUUCAUAACACCAUGGAGAGCACGCACACUCUCCUUCUAACUGCUGCUGUUUGCCUUCUCUGUCAAGGCUGUGGCAGCUCCGAGGCCGAGCACCGGCUCUAUGCGGCCCUCUUCGAGAGUUACAACCAGUUCGUCCGUCCUGUCAAGAACGUCUCGGACCCUGUCAUCAUCCAGUUCGAAGUGUCCAUGUCCCAGCUGGUGAAGGUGGAUGAAGUCAACCAGAUAAUGGAAACCAACUUGUGGCUGAAGCACAUCUGGAAUGAUUACAAGCUUCGGUGGAAUCCAGCAGACUAUGGAGGUGCUGAAUUCAUCCGAGUACCAUCUGGCCAGAUCUGGAAGCCAGAUAUCGUUUUAUAUAACAAUGCAGUUGGGGAUUUCCAGGUUGAUGACAAGACAAAGGCCCUAUUAAAAUACACAGGCGAUGUGACCUGGAUACCUCCAGCUAUAUUUAAAAGCUCAUGUAAAAUAGAUGUAACCUACUUCCCAUUUGACUAUCAGAACUGCACCAUGAAGUUUGGUUCCUGGUCUUACGAUAAAGCCAAAAUUGACUUAGUUUUAAUUGGCUCUACGAUGAACCUGAAAGAUUACUGGGAGAGUGGAGAAUGGGCCAUUAUUAAAGCUCCUGGGUAUAAACAUGACAUCAAAUACAACUGCUGUGAGGAGAUAUAUCCAGACAUCACAUAUUCUCUUUACAUUAGGCGUUUACCUUUAUUUUACACUAUCAAUAUGAUUAUUCCAUGUCUGCUGAUUUCUUUUCUGACUGUAUUAGUUUUCUAUUUGCCUUCAGACUGUGGUGAGAAGGUGACACUCUGCAUAUCAGUCCUUCUAUCUUUAACAGUGUUCCUUCUUGUUAUCACAGAAACCAUACCUUCUACUUCCCUGGUAAUUCCACUUAUUGGGGAAUACCUCCUUUUCACCAUGAUAUUUGUAACUCUAUCUAUUGUAAUUACGGUAUUUGUACUUAACGUGCACUACAGAACACCCAAGACACACACAAUGCCUGUCUGGGUGAGAACCAUUUUCUUGAACUUACUUCCCAGGAUCAUGUUUAUGACAAGGCCUGCCAGUGAUGAAGAAAAUAAUCAGAAGCCAAAACCAUUUUUCACUUCUGAGUUUUCAAACUUAAAUUGCUUCAACAGUUCUGAAACCAAAUGCUGCAAAGAUGGCUUUGUAUGUCAAGAUAUGGCAUGCAGCUGUUGUCAGUAUCAACGAAUGAAGUUCUCGGAUUUCAGUGGCAAUCUCACAAGAAGUUCAAGCUCUGAGUCUGUAGAUCCUCUGUUUUCAUUUUCAGUUCUGUCACCAGAAAUGAGAGAUGCCAUUGAAAGUGUUAAAUACAUUGCAGAAAAUAUGAAAAUGCAGAAUGAAGCAAAAGAGAUUCAGGAUGACUGGAAAUACGUUGCCAUGGUAAUCGAUCGUAUUUUUCUAUGGGUUUUCAUCCUGGUAUGUAUUCUAGGAACAGCAGGAUUGUUUUUACAACCUUUGAUGGCUGGAGAUGAAAUGUAAAGAUUAAAUAGUAUGUUGUGAAAUCAAAUAAAACCUUCGCCAACCAACUCUGCACCCCCAGCCCUUUACCUGAUGUCUCUUCUAUGUCUGGUAGAAUAAGGAUCUCUCUUGGCUUCAACUUUGCUUGACCAAGAAGGCUUUGUUAAAAAUGUGAACAGUGGAAAAAAAAAAUUUUAAUCCUUAUGACAGCUAAUCUCAAAGUCAUAUGAGCUGUGCUUGACAGCUACUUUUUGCAAUAACUGGAAAAGAUGUAGGUAGAACAUUAAACUUUAUAGGAAUGGUUUAAGAAGGAGUUGAUAAAGAAAGCAAAAAUUACGUGAAUAUUCAGAAAGUCAAGACAAGUUGAAUACUUUGGGCUACUAGAUUUGUUUCCACAAGUCUGGUGCCAAGUCUCUUCAGAUGAUGACAGGAUCUUCUGGGAAUAAGUUCACACUGAGUUCAAUGAAAGCCCUCAUGAGGAUGAAAUGGUUCAGGAAGCACAGAGACCAAAUUGCCAGAAUGCAGACAUUGCCACCUGGUGUAUAAACUGACUCAAACAGCAGGAGGAAAGGACCAUGGGCAGGUUUAUUGCAGAAGGAAAACAAAUAGGUAAAUAAUAGAUGAUAGUAAUAAAGCAGCCAUAAUGUAAACUCUGUGCAUCCCCAUAUUUCAACAUAUGAGAAGACUGUCAGAAAAAACAUCAAGCUAUUCAAACCUAAUCAUGUUUAAAACUUCGUACAAGUAAAAUACACACUAAGAUGUGGUCUGCAGGUUAUGCUAAGGAUCAAAAUACUUUGAUAGGAUAGUUUGGAUACAGAAGCAUCCUACUAUAGCAAAGUGUUUUAUGACAAGGGAAGGCAUGUAGAUACAAAAUAGUCCUGCAAAGUAUGCUAAAAUUACCUAUUAGGCAUACUUUUUUUUUUUUUUUAAAAUCCGUAACUGCUGAUAAUUUAAAAGCAUGAAUAAAAAAUGCAACAAUAUACUGUCAUGAGAAAAUAUUUUGUAAAAAUAUGAACUAUUCUCUCUGUACCAAAGUGGAAACUGGAAAUACAGUGUAUCAAGUGAUGUAACAUUUAUGAAAAUAAAGAGAACCAAGCUGUUAAAAA